UUGGCAAAAUUAUGGUAAAGGUCCCACCUUUUGCCUCCUGAACAAUUAGUAUUCAACCAGCUUCAGAAAACCCUGCUCCAGAACUGCAGAAGGUAAAAAGGAACAGCAGAGAGAAAAAAAAAAACAGAGAGAGAGAGAGAGAGAGAUUUUAUGUAGAGAGAGAGAGAGAGAGGGAGAUUUUCUGUCUCUGUGAGAUUUGGCAUUUACUACAGUUUCUUGCGUUGUAUACUAAAAACCUCGCUCAUCUCUUUCAUGCAAAUAGGCCCUUUUGGCUAAGUGAGAGACUCUUCACUCUGUUUUCUUCUUAUCUCAAAACAAAAACAAAAAAAAAAAAAAAAGAAAGCCAUGGAAGAAGAAAAACAACAAGAAGAAAAGUCCAACACUAAUAAUAAUAAAACAAGCACAAAAUGCAGUCCAAGAACAAGCAGUUACAGAGGCAGUGAAACUGCUUUUACCUACCAUCAUCAUCAUCACCAGCAGUUGAUUCAGAACCCAUAUGGGUACGGGUACGGGUACGGAUUCGGGUUCGGGUUCGGUUACACGAAUCAAUACCAAACUUUCCCUGCUCUGCUUCCCCUGCCUCCCACCAUACCCCUGCAUCUCUCAGUUGCUCCUUGUUUCCCUCAAAACCAUGGAUUCGGGUCAAGAACCCAUUUCAAGAAACCCACAAGGAAUCACAAUUACCCUGUUCCACCUGCACCAGCAGAAGUGGAGAAGAGAGUGGUUUGUCACCCUAAAGAAAAUGGAAGAAAGAUUGUUAGUGAUGCAAAUAAAAAACAAUUCCAAGUUGCAAGAAGACCAGAUUCCGGCGGAAUCGAAGGCAAGCCGAUAACCCUCCUAGCCAAUCAUUUCCUAGUCGAAUUCGACCCGUCUCAAAAGAUCUUCCACUACGACAUCGAAAUCCAUCCAAACCCAUCGAAAGAAUUCGCAAGAAUGAUCAAACAGAAACUUGUCGAACAAAAUUCGUCCCUUCUCUCCAAUGCAGUACCCGUAUUCGACGGCCGGAGAACCAUUUACAGCCCUAUCGAAUUCCAAGAAAAGAAUCUCGAUCUCUACAUUAGCCUCCCGAUAUCUCCUCUUACGCCGUCGAAGGUUUUCCGCGUAAAUAUCAAGCUCGUAUCGAAAUUCGACGGAAAAGCCCCUAGCAAUUACCUAAACAAUGGAGUCGAAUACGAUUCGACCCCUCUUCCUCAAGAGUACAUCCACGCAUUGGAUGUAGUUCUCCGCGAGGGUCCCACCGAGAAGUGUAUACCUUCCGGAAGGUCGUUCUACUCGAGCUCAGUGGGAGGUGCGAAAGAAAUCGGAGGUGGGGCUAUUGCACUUAGAGGAUUCUUUCAAAGCUUGAGACCUACACAACAAGGGCUUGCUCUCAACGUCGACUUCUCGGUUACUGCCUUCCACGAGAGCAUCGGAGUGAUCCCCUAUUUGCAGAAACGGCUCGACUUUAUGCGGGACCUAUCUUGCAAAAGGGCUUUGAGUUUGACGAGCGAGGAGAAGGAUGAAGUGGAGAAAGCACUCAAGAAUAUGAGGGUUUUUGUCUGCCAUAGAGAAACCAUGCAGAGAUACCGAGUUUACGGGUUGACUGAAAAGGUUACGGAAGAUCUUUGGUUUCCCGAUAGAGAUGGGACGAGUAUGAGACUUACGAGCUAUUUCAAGGAGCAAUAUGGGUACGAUAUACAGUAUAUGAAUUUGCCUUGCUUGCAGAUUAGUAGAAGGAAGCCGUGUUAUUUGCCUAUGGAGCUUUGUGUGAUUUGUGAAGGGCAGAAGUUUCUCGGAAAACUCUCGGAUGAUCAAACGGCGAAAAUACUCAAAAUGGGCUGUCAAAGGCCGAAAGAACGAAGGGCGAUUAUCGAUAAAGUUAUGAAAGGAUCGUUUGGGCCAGCCAGCGGUGAUCAAGGAAAAGAAUUUAAGCUUCGAGUUUCGAAAGAAAUGACGAGAUUGACGGGGAGAAUUCUUCAGCCUCCGAAGCUGAAGCUCGGAAACGGUGGCAAUGUAAGAAAUUUAACACCUUUCCGAAACGAUCGACAAUGGAACCUUUUAGACAGCCACGUCUUCGAGAGCACGCGUGUCGAGAGGUGGGCGAUCAUGAGUUUUGGCGGGACCCACGAACAGAAAUCCACCAUAGGCAAAUUCACAAACCACCUCUCUCAAAGAUGCCAACACUUGGGUAUAUACCUCCACAAGAACACAGUAGUCGAACCGAUUUACGAGCCGAUGCACGUGCUCGGAAAUCCGAAGCUUUUGGAGUCCAAACUCAAGAAAAUUUAUAACUCUUCUUCGGGAAAUCUCCAAUUGCUCGUUUGUGUUAUGGAGAGGAAACACAAAGGGUACGCGGACUUAAAAAGAAUUGCCGAAACUAGGAUCGGAAUAGUGAGCCAAUGCUGUCUGUACUCGAAUCUUGAAAAAAUGAGCUCGCAGUUUCUCGCAAAUUUAGCUCUCAAGAUAAACGCGAAAGUCGGUGGAUGCACUGUCGCCCUCUACAACACACUCCCUUCUCAAAUCCCGAGGCUUUUCAGACAAGAAGAUCCCGUUAUUUUCAUGGGCGCUGAUGUCACUCAUCCUCAUCCAUUGGACGAUUCUACCCCUUCCGUCGCCGCUGUUGUAGGCAGUGUGAACUGGCCCGCUUCGAAUAAAUACGUCUCGAGAAUGAGGUCGCAAACUCACCGGCAAGAAAUAAUCGAAGAUCUUUGUAAUAUGGUUACGGAAAUAUUGGAGGAUUUCUUACACGAGCUCUCAAAACUCCCGACUAGGAUUGUAUUCUUUCGAGAUGGAGUAAGCGAAACGCAGUUCCACAAAGUGAUGCAUGAGGAGCUGAAAGCUAUUAAAGAGGCUUGCUCGAGAUUUUCCGAUUAUGCCCCUCCGAUCACUUUCGCUGUGGUGCAGAAGCGCCACCACACCAGAUUAUUCCCCACCGAGAAUCAGUUACCGCCGGACGAGAAUGUUUCGCCGGGGACAGUGGUCGACAGUGUGAUCGUUCAUCCGAGGGAGUUCGAUUUCUAUCUUUGUAGCCAUUGGGGUGUGAAGGGGACGAGCAGGCCGAUUCAUUACCAUGUAUUAUGGGACGAAAACAAAUUUACGUCCGACGAAGUGCAGAAGUUGGUCUACAAUCUUUGCUACACGUUUGUGAGGUGUACGAAGCCUGUAUCUAUUGUGCCUCCCGUUUAUUAUGCGCAUCUUGCUGCAUAUAGAGGCAGCUUGUAUCUCGACCGAUCGGAUUUGAGUAUAACUAUUUCGAGGGAUUCGAUACCGAAGGCGAUGCCUUUACCUAAACUUAGUGAGAAUAUUAGGAAGUUGAUGUUUUAUUGCUGAUCUUGUAAUGCAAAAUUUCCAGUUUAUAAUAAAGAAAAUUGAAAUUAAUUAUUAAUUUUUUUUAUUUAUUUUUACUUUUUAUCA